UUCCUAAGCGGAACUGGCUUCAGUACACUGGUCCCUCACAUUACAGAGAUUCGUCUCUUCUUAGUUUCGGAGAAGAAGACGAGAGAGAGAGAUAUAGCAAAGUUUGCUACUGCCAUUCUUUAAACCUCCGUAUCUCCACCAUUUUCUUUCUCCUUCUCAAAGAAGGAAGCCAUUUCCGCAAUGGAUUCUGUGUUUGUUAGAGCCUAUAGAAGUCAUUUUACUCUUGCUGCAGUUGGUGGGAUUGGAAACGGGUGGACGAGUAGUGACGUCAACAACGUUCGGCUUCCAAGUCCAAGGCCUGGAGCAUUGAAGAUUUCUAAAAAGCACUGUUGUGUUGAAUCUGAAUAUGGAUCACAUCAUUUUGAAUGUGUUUUUGGAAGACAUCGGGAAAGAUACACCUUCUAUGAGAAAAAAGAUGACAGAGUCCAAGUUAGAAAAGCAGCCUCUAAUCAGCCUUUUGAAACUGAAUCCGGAGCCUUGAGUUCCAAAAAUUAUGGUGACGCUUUAAGGAGUUUUUUAGAUGCUUUUUACAGGUUUUCGCGGCCGCACACAGUUAUUGGUACAGCAUUGAGCAUUGUAUCAGUUUCUCUACUAGCAGUGGAGAAACUAUCCGACUUGUCACCAUUAUUUUUAACUGGAGUGUUGGAGGCUAUAGUUGCGGCCCUCUUUAUGAAUAUUUACAUUGUAGGUCUGAAUCAAUUAUUUGACAUUGAAAUAGACAAGAUUAACAAGCCAUAUCUUCCAUUAGCAUCGGGAGAAUAUUCUUUUGGAACAGGCGUUGCAAUUAUCUCCACGUUUUCCAUUAUGAGUUUUUGGCUAGGAUGGGUUGUUCGUUCAUGGCCAUUGUUUUGGGCUCUUUUUGUCAGCUUUAUUCUCGGGACUGCUUAUUCCAUUGAUCUGCCACUGUUGAGAUGGAAGAGAUUUGCUGUCGUUGCCGCUAUGUGUAUCCUAGCUGUUCGAGCCGUGAUUGUUCAACUUGCCUUUUUUCUACACAUACAGACCCAUGUGUUCCAGAGACCUCCGGUCUUUUCACGUUCUUUGAUCUUCGCAACUGCAUUUAUGAGUUUCUUCUCGAUCGUUAUAGCAUUAUUUAAGGAUAUACCAGAUAUUGAUGGAGAUAAGAUAUUUGGCAUCCGUUCCUUCACAGUACGUCUAGGGCAAGAGCGGGUGUUUUGGAGUUGUAUUUCCUUGCUUGAAGUAGCAUAUACUGCUGCUGUUUUAGUGGGAGUUGCAUCUUCUUCCCCGUGGAGUAAAUGGCUAACGGUUUUGGGACACGUCACUUUGGGGUCAAUUCUUUGGAUUCGUGCCAAAUCAGUUGAUUUGAAAAGCAAGGCUGCCAUAACAUCCUUCUACAUGUUUAUAUGGAAGCAUGUUCAUAUGUGAAUAAAAUGGUGUGGUGUCUUUUGGCUCUUUUAUGCUGAGUAUUUGCUGAUACCCUUUGUUAGGUGAGGAGGAGGACAAGAAUGUAAUUAGGUAGUGUUUGUAUUGUACAAACUCCUUAGUUAGAAAGUUCUAACAAAUAAGUUUCUCUCGGUUUCAAAAAUGAAAUCAUAGUUAGAUUAUUGUAUUAGUUUGAUGGAGAAAUAUGUCUCAAAUUCCUUCCUCUUUUUCUUUUUGGAAAUUGUAGCUUUUUUGAAACUCCAUUUCUUUUGUACUAUAUAGAUCGUACAUUCAUUAAUGCAUGCACACAAUAUGAUAAUAAAACUAUUGGAAUAAUAUGAAAUCCAAAUUUAUUA